AUGACGGUCUCUGAGUACAUGUACCUCCCUGACGUCUGGCCCAGGAUCGGCCUCUUCACAAAAUUCACCGCCGCCAUCGUCGUCAUCCUGCCGUACGUGUUCCUGUAUCUCGCCUGCUCCGCCGAUCCAGGGUACAUCACCCGCGAGAAUCAUGCGUACCACAUGUCUCUCUACCCCUACGACUACGCCCUCUUCCACCCGGGCAACGAAUGCCGCACCUGUCGGUUCCUGAAGCCCGCGCGGUCAAAGCACUGUGAUGUCUGUAAACGCUGCAUCGCAAGGGCCGAUCACCACUGUGUCUUCAUCAACUCGUGCGUGGGCUACGGCAACCACCACUGGUUCCUUCUCCUGCUUUUAUCGACAUGCGUCUUGGCGACCUACGGCGGCUUGCUAGGCCUCUACCUAUUGACGUCGAAGAUAAAAGAAGAGUACCCAUUGUGGACCGUCUGGCCGGGCCAAGAGUUGGAAUUCAGCGAGUAUCUUGCUGUCUGGGGUUGGGGCCUCCACGGCGACAUCCGCGUCGGCGCUGCCACUCUUCUCGCUCUCCUCACCUCUCCCCUAAUAUGGGCUCUCUUCAUCUACACUGUCUUCCUCAUCUACUGCGGAACCACGACCAACGAGUCCAUGAAAUGGACAGACUACAAGGAGGACAUGAGGGACGGCUAUGCCUUUCAACGUCCCUUGGCGCCUAACCGGCCGCGUAACCUGCGGUUGGAGCCACUGUGUCCUCGGUGGCCCUCGUCGCCAGAGCACAUCAUAUUGGCCACCCAAGACGCGCAGCCGCCAAGCAACCAAGGGAAUUACCCAGGCGAGGGCGAGUGGGAGCAUGUAUGGGACCUAAAAACCGUCGACAACUUAUACGACAUGGGAUUGUGGCAUAACCUUGGCGACGUCUUCUUUUCCAACUAUGCAUUUGAUGACGGAACAGGGGAGCCCCCAGCCGAACGUCGACCUCGAGGGCGGAGUUUUUCCAACACCAAGUCUGGAUAUCCUCAAUAA